CUGUGACUGUGAGUUUACUUACCUUGUUCCCGUCGAGAGAAAGGAGAGAAGAAAAUUCGAAAGAACACAGAGAAAACGGGUGAAAAUAUUAUUUGGUACCAUUAAUGGAAGAAGAAGAAGACAACUCAGUGACCUAAUUGGGUUUCUUUUCACCAUGAUCAAAGUUGAAAAACCGAGAGAAAAAGGCUUCAGAUCGUCAAAAUGGUGGGGUUUUAUGAUGAAUCCUGUCCUCGAGUCGAAGAUAUUAUAUAUGAAGAACUAGUGAAAAAGAUGUCUCCAAUUCCUCGCAACAUCAUCAUACCGGGUAUUCUUAGGCUGUUCUUCCAUGAUUGCUAUGUUCAGGGUUGUGAUGGUUCUGUUUUGAUCUUACCAACGGAGGCCGAUAAUUCUGAGAGAAACGCAUCUAUCAACCUUUCUUUAGCUGGAGAUGCGUUUGACAUUGUUGACAAGGCUAAGGCGGCGUUAGAAAAAGAAUGUCCCGGGGUAGUCUCAUGCUCGGAUAUCCUUGCUAUCUUAGCACGUGAUGUCGUACACUGGUGGGAGGGUCCGCACUGGCAGGUUGAGAAAGGAAGAAGAGAUGGACUCAUCUCCAAUGCAACUGAAGCUCAACUACUCAUGCCAAAGUCUGACGAAAACAUAACAACUCUCAUCCGUGGAUUCGAAUCGAUUGGACUCUCAACUACCGAUCUCGUAACAUUAUCUGGAGCACACACCAUAGGUUUCACACAUUGUAUAGAAUUUGCUAGUCGUAUCUUCCACAACGACACCACAUUGAACUCUAAAAUACGAGAAAAGGUAAUUCUUAGCUGUCCGUUUCCGAAGAUAGACAGAAAUGUUGCUGAAGCACUUGAUCAAACUUCUGAGUUUGUGUUUGAUAAUAAGUUUUACAAGAGCUUACGACAACGGAAAGGCUUGCUCUUGACGGACCAUUAUUUGGCUUUUGAUGAAAAUUAUCUCUCUCGUAAACUAGUUUAUAGGUACUCCCAAGACCAAGAAUUGUUCUUUCAGGAAUUUGCAAAAGCCAUGGUGAAAUUGGGAAGAGUUGGUGUUAAGUCCGGAAAUGAGGGUGAAAUCAGAAGGGAUUGCAAGAAAUUCAACUGAUCAGAAUUUAUCAAUUACUAUGCCACUGUGAGCAUAAUAAGAGGGUAAUUUACUGUUUGUUAGGAGCUACAUACAUGUGAAUUCCCCAUCUAUUGAAUGUUUGCUUUUCAGUUUAAUUCUUUUGCCAAUACCAUGAAUGAAAGAACUAUAGAUUUUAAAGCAUCUUAAUAGAAUUGAACUCCUCUUCAUCCGUCUUUGUACAUAGUAUUCUUUAAAUUUCACCAAAAUGUAACUAAAGAAGAUUCUUUGGUAGGCUAUGAAGCAAACGGUUGUCAUUUAGAAAUUGAAAAUGACUCAACUGGUAUCGUUUUUGUACUUCACUAAUAAAAAUGAAUUUAGCGUCCC